AUGAUUUCAAGAGGUUUAGGUUCAUUUUCCUCUUUACUCCGAGGAGUGGCAUCUCGAGUUGCUGCAGCCCCAGCGCGAAGUCAUUUCGCGACGAAUGCGAGGCCACGAACGUUUGGUCGUGUUUCUUGUCAUGUGGAAAAGCGAAUGAGCAGUUCGUCAUCAGGUAAAAGUGAGGUAGAUCAUGCUUAAAGAAUAUGAACAAAAAUGGAAUCAAGGAGGCAACCUCGUUCAGCUUUGGCUGCUUAAUAUGUUCGUGACUACUGCUAAAGACUACACUGAUACUUGUCAAUCAAUAUGUAGAGUUAAAUUAAGCUUAACAUGCUACUGAAUGAAAUUUCAGCGAUGACAAAUUUUUUGGGACUCAAGAAAACACCUGUCUGCAUACCCUAAGCAAGUACAUUUCUCUUUCUGGAAGGCCAAUUUUUUUUGCUCAAAAAGUUUCUUCUCAUAUUAGACACAUUCCACGAGGCCAAUUGGAUAGCAGGUUUUCUCUGAGUCACCAUUCUUUUUGUAUUGGUUGAUUUCUGGCAGUAAUGUGAAGAGAACACAAAACCUUUGUUUCCCAGACCUGUUGCUUGGUUUUGGUUUUGAUUGGGUGACAACUCACUACCACCCUACCUUUAUGAAACAAAAACAAAUUUUGUUAUUGAUUAUGUUACAGAGAGUGGCAUACCCAUGAUGCAUCAUGUAUCAGCUUUUGACAGAUUGACUUUGAUUGCCACAAGAACCAUGAAACCACCAAUACCAGCUGAAGUAACGUAAGUAAAUGAUUUUGUGAACCCCCUCUUCUACCUGUUAGGUAUUGGUUGUCUCUGUGUUUGACUCAUCAUGAAAUACUCCUGAGCAAAGAUCUUUUGAAAUCAUUGGCUUUUCCUGUGCACUAAUCACUGGCCCCUAUAUAGUUCUGGAAAUAUGAUGCUGUAAACUCGAAAUUUUUGCUUUUUAAAGAGCAACAAACAGGGAAGUAAACUUCUCUUGGUGGUUUAUUUUGGCUUUGUAUUGGUUGUCUGUUUGACUCAUCAUGAAAUAUUCUUAAGCAAAGAUCUUAUGAAAUCAAUGGCUUUUUCUAUGCACUAAUCACUGGGCACUUUUCAGUUCUUAAAAUGUGACUCUGCACACUUGAAAAUUUUGCUUUUAUAAGAGCAAUAAAUUGAUAAACAAACUUCUUUCAUUGGUUUAUUUUGGCUCUGAAUUUAUAAUUUCUUACCUUAAUUGUUUUGUUUUUUUAACUCUAAAUUUAGGUUUUGGGAAUAGAAAAAAAUAAGGUGCUUGUAACACUUGUAGUUUAGAUGUAAAAUUUAGUCGAAAUAAAUGGUAAAUUUUAUAAUACCUUCGAAAGAUAGUUUUGCCUCCUAAAAAUGUACAGGGGGUUUCUUGCAGAAUUCAGUGUUUAAAAUGAAGUUAUAUAUACUUGCUGAAUUAAAACUUUAUACCUACAGCAGAUAGAUAGAUUGGAGAUAGCUUUUGUUGUAUUUUACAUCCUAUACUGACCUAAUCCACAUGGGAGGAUAACAGCAUGAUAGUUUGAUUUAUUACACAAAAACUUUCCUUAAAUAUGUAAGAAAUCCGCUUAAAACUGUUGACCAAUUUUUCUACCAGGAGUUACUAAGAGGCAAUUUCUCCUUGCUCUAGCAAUAACUGUCAAAUAAGCAGAAAAGGAGAAUUAAAUAAAAUGUCAAGUGGGGCUCUCUAUUGGUUUAAAGGACAAAUUUUCAAAGCUAAGACUGUAAGAAAUGUUUGAUAAACUGUAAGGAAAGUUGAGAAUAAGAAAAUGCUUGUGUUGAUCAAUAUAUCUUAGAGACCUGUGGUUAUGGAGAAUCCUCUGAUUUAAUCUUUGUUAAGUGUUGACUUGUACAGUGUUCUCCCUUAUUUCGCAUGACAGGUGAAAUAAAUUUUCAAACUGGUAAAGCAAUCCUUUUACAAGUUGAGUUUUCAAGAAUUCCAAGCAAUUGUUAAUGGUAAUAAGAGGUACUACAGGCAGUAAAUGUUACUGGUUACUGCCUGAAAAGGAGAACAAUGCUUGUAGCCUUGACUUGUUUUAAUUUAAAAAUGUGUUUAAUGUCUGCAUUGGUUGCUUAAUAUGAUGAGGAUGGCAAGAAUAUUUUAUAAUGUUAAGAGACUUGAACUGAUUAUAAUGCUGUCAUAAUCAAUGGAUACUGAACACCUUGUAUGUGCUACCUGCUAUCCUGUAUCAAAUGUAUCACUCACUCUCUUCUUCAUAAGAUCACACCAGAUCACCACUUAAGAAGUGAGUGGAAUUAAUAAGUCUUAUUAUCCUUGGUAAUCUAAGGGUACACCAUACCACUCUUUUUAACAAUUGUGAGAGGAGUUUAUGGUCAGCUGGUGAUUAUUCCUUUGUUACAUAUAUUUUAGUGCAGCCACCAUGGAAAGAGCAAAUAGUAGACGACGCAUUGGAGUGAAUGGAAUCAUGAUUAUUCUGACUCUUACAGCAUGUAUUUACAUCAUAAAAAGUUCUCAGAAGGGUAGAGAGGAGCAAACAUUGGUAUCAUUACAUGAAGUGAACGUGCAAAGAUAUGAGAAGCUCAGACAAGAAGAUGCAGAGGGAGCUGCUGCAAAGGCUAACAAUGGAAAAUAGAGGGAGUGUAACUUAGUGCUUUUCUUUCCUAAAACUCAAACCUGACUAAGUUUUAAUACAGUUUUGUCUGUCAUUAGUGUUGGUGUGCAUAAUAUGUCACCUCCUGUUUCAGUGGAUUGCAUGAUCUGUAGUGAAAAUUUAUUAAUGAUUUUGCAAUGUAGAGAUUUAAGUGCAUAUAAUUUUUUUCAAAUUGUUAUGCUAAUUAACAACUAUUCACUGAAGUGGAGGUGGCAAUUUACCAAGCUGUGAAGCGGUGAGGUAAAUAUUUACUUCUACCCAUCAGCACUGAGGUGAAUAGUUGAUUUAGUAUAUACUAAAUCAGUGAGCUAUUGUUGUACAAAAAGAUGAUUUUAACUCAUUUAUUCUUGCAAUGGUUACAAUAUUUUUGGGUGCAAAUCCUGUGCACACUGCUUGGAGGUGAAUAGCAAAGGAUAUUUAUAGUGUGAGUUACAAAUCAGAGCACACCUUCAGGGCUAUCCACUGUUUUAGUAUAUUCCAAAGAAGCCUAUCAGGUGAAGUGAUUGCUACUCACGUUUUUUACCUUGAAAAGGCAAUGGAGGUAAAGUUGAUAAAUGCAGCCAUUGGGGUGAAAUCACUUUAAUAGACUUGUUUCAUGCAGAAUAACUUAUGGGUACUUUCAGCAAAGCUCAAGAAUACAAACUGCAAUUAAAUACUAUCUUAAUAAUACUUAUUAUGAUCCAUGAAAUAGUUUUGAUUGGUCUAAAUGAAGCACGUGACCGAAUAUCCCCCCCCCGCUAAAACUGGGUAAUAUCACCCAAGCGAUAUUCCCUAGUUUUCAAACCUUACGUCCACUUUGAUAAGUCAAUAUAUUAAACGUCAAGAUGAGAGAGGGUUUUGCGGUUCUUACAGAAUAAGGGAAAUCCUUUUUUGUUCAUUAAGUCGUACCAGAGAAUCUUCUAAAGAAAACUUCCCACGAUGCAUACCAUAAGCCGUUCGUAAAGAUUUUUUCAUGCGCGUUGCGAAAUAUUUGAAGGAUAAUAAAAUAAAAUAGCCUCUAGUUUGCGCGAAAAUAUUAACAGAUAUUUGUCCUUGGACAUUAUCUGCUGCUCGAAGCUCACAGUUUUCCUCGAGAUUUACUCUCGUAAAGUUGUUCGCAUCUUGGAAUAUCCGUACAUAUUUUUAGCGCCAAAUAGAGGCUACUAUUUGAAUAACAAUACAGUUGUUCAAAAAAGUUUAUCUUCAUACCAUUAUUUGAAUAUCAGUAUAUAUCUUGUUCUUCUCCACAUUAUUUUCAUUCCACUUCCAAUGUUUAAGUCUCCAACAACCCAA